UGUGUGUGUGUGUUUUAAGGGGGGGGGGGGACUGUGUCAUUCGCAAGCCCCGGAUUGUGAUCUGCACCGCACACAACUUAGUUUGAUAACUAAACUGUGGUUGUGGAUACGGGUUUGAGCGCACACGGCUUUCCUCUCGCUUUGAAUACCUUUUUAUUAUUAUUAUUGUUUCUAUUUAUUCGUGGACUCCUCGUUGCUCUCUCUCCCACGGGAUAUGCCGAUCGGCGGAGGCGUUUCUUUCCUCCACCCCGAAGCCUCUCCGAGUCGGGACCCCCCCCCCCCCUCCGACGCGCCGUGACAUGAAGCAGAAACACACUCGUAGACAUUACUGACGUUCCCAAUAGAAGGCCAACAUCACUACAUUUUCCCACCGAACUGAUCUCCACCUCGCCUGAGGCAACAUAGUGGCCGGCCUGCCGUUGGACUAUCGCUCGGGAAACACAACUGCCAUCAUGCAGACCUCAUCGCUCCGCCGCCAGAUGAAAAACAUGGUCAACAACUUCACGGAGGCCGAGGUCAAGGUCCGUGAAGCCACCUCCAAUGACCCCUGGGGUCCUCCCUGCUCGCUCAUGUCCGAAAUCGCAGACCUGACUUUCAAUGCAGUGGCUUUCACCGAGGUGUUGGGUAUGAUCUGGAAGCGGCUCAACGACCACGGUAAGAACUGGCGCCAUGUUUAUAAGGCACUGACCCUGAUGGACUACCUGAUCAAAACAGGCUCUGAGCGUGUGGCCCAGGAGUGCCGGGAGAACAUUUACACCAUCCAGACACUGAGAGACUUCCAGCACAUUGAUCGGGAUGGACUCGACCAAGGUGCCCACGUCCGGGAGAAGGCCAAGCAUCUGGUGGCUCUGCUGAAGGACGAGGAGAAGCUGAAGAAGGAGAGAAGCCAGGCACUGAAGACCAAGACGCGUAUGGCGGGCUCCACCAGUGGCUUGGGUUCUGGAUCCCUUCCUCCUCCGUACCCGGGGCGUCGCACAAGCCAGUCGGUAGCGGUCCAUGGGGAUGAGCAUGGUAGGUGCAGAGGCUCACCAUCCUCUUUUCACUCCUCCUCUUCCUCUCCUCGAUUUACUCCAGACAUGGAGCAAGCUCGACCGACAACCAGUGGGGAAGAGGAGCUGCAGCUGCAGCUGGCCCUGGCGAUGAGCCGAGAAGAGAGUGAAAAGCCACCUCCUACAGUGGAUAUUGAUGAACAGACCCAGCUCCAGAUCGCUAUGACGCUCAGCAAGGAGGAGACUCAGAAGCCAGUCCAACCUGCACCUGCUGCACUGGAUAUGGAUGAGGACACGCAGCUCCAGUUGGCCCUGAGCCUGAGCAAGGAGGAGCACCAGCAGGAGCAACUCAGUCGCCAAGGGGACGAGUCAGUGCUCAAGAAAGCUCUGGAGGACAGCACACGUGAGAUGGAGACUAAAGGCGGGACCGCCUUCAUGGACCUGGUAGAUGUUUUCGCGUUGCCCUCAGACCCGCCUCCUAGUGACCACGGAUGGAACAAUGCCCCACGCCAGGCGGCUGCUCAUCCGGGGAGCACAGACCCCUGGGACUCCAUGGUAGCCAGCAACAACAUCUCGAGAGUAGAUCCUCCCUGGAUGGCACCGCCAACAUCCAACAGCCCCCCCCCACCGUGGGAGCCCCCGGUCAACCCCUGGGUCGACCCGCAGAGCGACCUCAACGCCACAGGCCGAGCAUGGGCCUUCUCUGCCAACACAGCUGCCUCAGGAGUUGAUCCAUUCCCCCUCAAAGGAGCUAUCAGGGAAACUUGUCCCCGACCUGGAAGCCCCUCAGAUGGGGAUCUGUUUGAUGAGGCCAUGGAUGGAGGUCAGUUGAAUGUAAAUGGGCGAGAGGACAGCAGUCCUGAGAUAUUUGACCUGUCACGUUUUGGAGAAAGCCUGGCAGACCCCAGCCCUCGUAAAUGCCGGACACCUGAAGCCUUCCUGGGCCCCACCGCGGCAUCCUUAGUAGACCUGGAUAGAUUGAUCCCAGCAAAUCCUCCAGCCAAGACCAUGAACCCCUUCCUAUCAGGCCUCAGUGCUCCAUCACCCAACAAUCCAUUCCAAGCUGAGCCGCCCAAACUAACUCUGAAUCAAAUGGGCUUCAGCUCCCUCUCUUCAGCUCCCCAGGGCACUUCUCUUCCAUACAGUGCCUCCUUGCCUCUGCCUAUGAGCCACCAGUCUGCCAGCCUCCCUGUGUCCCUUACUCAUCCCACCCAGCCUGGUCUGGGCCUGCCAGGGACCCUCCCUGAGCCCUUGUUGCCCUUCUCUUCGACCAGCACUGACGGAUCACAGGCUGCACAGAACCCUUUCUUAUGAGGAUCAAAUUAACUGGAGAAGAUAUCUAAGAAAAAGGGGGAAUUCCAUUAGGUUAUGCUCUCCAAAUAUAACUAACUGCAGAUUGAACUUGAGCCCUAAGGACUUGUAUGACAACCCUAUUCUUAGUUUUUAUAUUGUAACCCUUAGAUUGAUGCAAGCUGGUUGUGCUCCUCACUGCAAUAAUCUGUCUUGCGCCUCUUGUCAAUGAUGCAGUAUCAGAGUAUACAAAAAAGAACACCUUUGUAUCGGAAACCAUUAAGUGUCAUGUAAACAUUCUUUAUGGCCAUAACCUACUGCAACCUGUUGCAAUUCAGAAAAAAACAAAACACAAAGAAAACACAAAAGCAGUGUGAUAAUAUUUUGUUGUUGCUUCACUUGCGCCACUUACCAGGCAAAUGUAUUACAGCUUUUCAAGUAGUGUACAGAUCUCUUGCUCACUCAGUUGUUUGUUUGAUUGGUUUAGCUGGCUAUCGCUGCUGUCAUAUACAAGUGUAAAAAAAUAUAUUUCUUAUAAGAGACCCGGGCUAAAGACCUGUCCGAUUCUUGAAAUGUUGCCGCAUCAAUACGUUACCUUUGUUGAGCGUUAGUUGGACCAUAACUGAUGAGAAACAUCAGUGUGUACUUGAUUUUUACUAUUGUGAAAUUAAUUUCUCGGGUUAAUUGAAUGAAAUUUAGUUUGGAAGGACUGGAAGUACUUCAGAGUUCCCUAUAAGCAAGGUGACAUUAGAAAAUGUAUGAAUCAUGAGUUUUAUUGAUUGCGUGAUAACCACUGAUUUAUCAAAUAUAAGGGUAUAAAUGGAACACUGCCUCAUUCUUCA